GCGCAUGCGCAGUGAGGUUCCCGUUGAUUUCGGCCCGAAGCAGCCAUGGCUCUUCUCCGCGUCCUCUUUCUGCUGCUGCUCCUUCAGUCCGUGGCGUCAAUUUCCUUCUUUCUGCCGAUCAGGACGCGGAAAUGUCUGAAGGAGGAGAUCCACAAGGACGUGCUGGUGACGGGCGAGUACGAGAUCAGCGAGCAGGCGAACAGUAAAGUUAACCUGAAGAUCACAGACUCGACAGGUCACACCCUGUACUCUAAAGAAGACGCUAUGAAGGGGAAGUUCGCCUUCACCACUGAAGACUACGACAUGUUCGAGGUCUGUUUCGAGAGCAAGUCACAGAUGGCUCUCGGCCGUGUUCCUGAUCAGUUGGUGAAUUUGGAUAUGAAACAUGGAGUUGAGGCAAAGAACUACGAGGAGAUCGCGAAGGUGGAGAAGCUGAAGCCCCUGGAGGUGGAGCUGAGGCGUCUGGAGGAUCUCUCAGAGUCCAUUGUUAAUGACUUCGCCUACAUGAAGAAGAGAGAGGAGGAGAUGAGGGACACCAACGAGUCGACCAACAUGCGUGUGCUGUACUUCAGCGUGUUCUCCAUGUGCUGUCUGGUGGGUUUGGCCACGUGGCAGGUGUUCUACCUGCGCCGCUUCUUCAAAGCCAAGAAGCUCAUUGAGUAAAAAAGACCUGACAUCCAGAACCACCAAUCACACACCGGGAAGCCACGCCCCUUUUUUCAUUUUACACUGUUGCAAUUUUUUUUUUAAUUAUUAAUUGUCAGUUUCAUAUUGUGUGUGUGUGUGUGGGGUUUGGGGGGUGUGGGUGUGUGUUUGGGUGUGUGUGUGGGGGGGGUUUGGUGGUGUGUGUGUGUUUGGGAAGAGUUUUUUGAUAAAUCGUAAUAAUUACAAAUCUCUAAAUUUGUGGUUUUUUUUGUUUUUUUUUUAAAAUCAUCCUGCAUCCCGGAGUGUUUACGUGUGACGUCACGCCACCUUUUUGUGGCACGUUUUUGCACGUCGGUCCUUUUCUCCGUAAUAUUUUUCCAUUUCACACAGAGGGUGAUACGUAAGCCCCGCCCCUUUCACUGCUAGUUACCAGUUACAGCAUCGCAGCGCACCUCAUAACCACGCCUCCUCACCAAGGAACCUGGAGAACCUCACACACACACACACACACACCUGAGUAACAUGAGGAUGGGUGAAGGAGGACACCGGCGUCUCGUGCGUCACCUGAGUUCAGAUUAAAUGUUUUUCUUCUGUGGGGUUUUUGUUACGCAGCAAUUAAAGGAAAGUUGUUUUA